AAGGGAGAAACCUUAUCCCCCCAGGCUCCAGGCCGGGGCGGAGACGGUGGAGGAAGGGGCGGUGCUGCAGACGGGCUCUAGGAAGCGGAGACCAACGGGUUAUGGACGCUGCGCUCGCCCCGAUGAGCUCGGUGCCCGGGCCCCGAGAGGCUGGCCCUGCAGGUGAGGAACAAAACAUGACAGAGACAGAUGCCUUCUACAGGAGUGAAAUGUUGGAUCCAGCAGAAAAGUACAAAAUGGACCACAAGAGGAGAGGACUCGCUUUAAUCUUCAACCAUGAGAGGUUCUUCUGGCACCUAACGCUGCCGGAAAGGCGAGGCACCAACGCAGACAGAGACAACCUUACGCGGAGGUUUUUAGAUCUCGGAUUUGAAGUGAAAUGCUUUAACGAUCUGAAAGCAGAAGAACUGCUGCUCAAAAUUCAUGAGGCAUCAGCCUCUAGCCAUGUAGAUGCCGAUUGCUUUUUAUGCGUUUUCCUGAGUCAUGGCGAAGGCAAUCACAUUUACGCAUAUGAUGCCAAAAUUGAAAUUCAAACACUGACUGGCUUGUUCAAAGGAGACAAGUGUAAGAGCCUGGUUGGAAAACCCAAGAUAUUUAUCAUUCAGGCAUGUCGGGGAAACCAGCAUGACGUGCCAGUCAUUCCUUUGGAUGUCGUGGACCAUCCGGCAGACAAGCUGGAUGCCAAUGUCACCCAGGUGGACGCGGCCUCCGUUUACACCCUGCCUGCGGGAGCAGACUUCCUCAUGUGCUACUCUGUUGCAGAAGGUUAUUAUUCUCAUCGGGAAACUGUGAAUGGCUCAUGGUACAUUCAAGAUUUGUGUGAGAUGCUGAGAAAAUUCGGCUCCUCCUUAGAGUUCACAGAACUCCUCACACUGGUGAACAGGAAAGUUUCUCUGCGCCGAGUGGACUUUUGCAAAGACCUAAGUGCAAUUGGAAAGAAGCAGGUCCCCUGCUUUGCCUCCAUGCUAACUAAAAAGCUGCAUUUCUUUCCAAAAGAGAAAUAAGGCUGCUGUUGUUUUUUUAAUCUAUUUGUAGUCUAAAUAGAUUUCUCUUUUUAUAUAAAUAAGUGUCACUAGAUUGAAGCUUAUGGUAAAGCAAUUUAAAAUUCUUUAAGGUUUAAUGAGAGAACUUUAAAAAAAAUAGUUCAUAUCGGACAUGGUGAAAGGGUUUGGUAGAUAGAGAAACUAAAUCCUAGGGAAUUACUAUAAAUAAAAAUCAACAAACAUUUGUAAUACUUGAUUUUUUUUUAAGUUGCAGGGUUACUCAAAAUAUCUGGCUGAUUUAAGUUGUAUUUUGUGAAUUUUUAAAUAAAGUUUUAUAAUGUUUUUAAAGA